AUGGAUCAUGGAAAGGCAAUCGUCGAUGGUGGGGUGUCAGUUGAGGGUACUAGUGGGUUACUUCCCCACGAGAAGUUGAAGGCCGAGUUAGAGCUCUCUGACUCGGAAGGCAGUCUGGAACCAACGACUCCACUCAGCCUCUCUGAACGGGAUGAACAAGACGAGGAUGUGGAAUCCGAGGUGGAGCCUGAAGAAGAUCCAGAGGAGGAGCCCAAAGAAGACCCUGAUGAGGAACCCGAAGAAGACCCCGAGGAGGAACCCGAGGGAAAUCACGUGGAGUACCAUGUGGAACAAAGGUACGAAACGUUCCAUAUGCCCUAUGUGGAGUACACGCCAACUAGUCUUGGUACCUAUUAG